AUGAGGUGCCGCCUGAAAAAGUGCUGCUUCAUGAUUACCCUACGAGUGGGUUGUAUAAUCAGUUCCCUGAUUUUGGUAUUUUUUGAACUCCUCGCAGUUCCGCUGAGAAGUGCAGAGCCCUGCUGCGAUUCCUUCGAAGGCGUCCUCGUGGUGGUCUAUAGGGUUCUGGAAAUAGUGCACUUUGUGGGCUGUCUGAUGCUGUUCGUUGCCUCUUUUUUGAAAACAUCCGUUCUGGUAUUUUUCUUUCUCGUCACGAGUUGUCUACACACUUUGCUGUUUCCCGCUUUCUUGGUGGCCGAAGUUAUGGUUUGGAAUGCAGACAUCAUUGACAUUGGUCUCUCCAUCUGUGGUCUUCUUUUAGGCAUUUACUUCUGGGUUGUGGCCUACGCUUUUUAUCACCAGUGCAAGGAGGAGGUGGUCACCGAUUUGACUCUCAUAACCACCUUUCGAAAAAAGGGAUCAUUGGUAUCAGUGGUUUAGCUUAAUAAUAAAAUGACGUGUAUAAAAUAAAUCUAUUUUGAAUAAAAAUCUAAGAAGUCCCCCAGAAAAAGCUUUUAA